AAGUAAAAGUUGGGUGCUAGUGUUACUAUUUCUCUCUCUCUCUCUCAUACACAUGAUUGAAAUUGAAAUAAUGUCUUCUAUAUAAACACUUGUUCAUAAACACUUAAAAUCACUCGGUGUCAAAUAUUUAAAUUUAAAAAAGAGACACUUCAAAAAACAGUACUAGCUCGAUCAAUUUGACGCAAAGUGGUGUAGCUAUGACGACGGCAGCAUCCAUCACUGGGAUGAAGGUUGAGUUUCUUGAAUUUCCGCCGGUGGUCACAUCUCCGGCAACCGCCAAGUCCUAUUUCCUCGGUGGCGCAGGGGAGAGAGGUUUGACUAUUGAGGGUAACUUCAUCAAGUUCACUGCCAUUGGAGUCUAUUUAGAAGACAUAGCAGUGGCUUCACUUGCCACUAAAUGGAAGGGUAAAACCUCUCAACAGUUGCUCCAGACCCUUGAUUUCUACAGAGACAUCAUUUCAGGCCCAUUUGAAAAGUUAAUUCGAGGGUCUAAGAUUCGGGAACUGAGUGGUCCUGAGUACUCAAGGAAGGUAAUGGAGAAUUGUGUGGCACACUUGAAAUCUAUUGGAACUUAUGGCGAUGAAGAAGUUGAAGCUAUGCAAAAAUUUGCUGAAGCCUUCAAGAAUGUGAAUUUUCCACCUGGUGCCUCUGUUUUUUAUAGGCAAUCACCUGAUGGAGUAUUAGGGCUUAGUUUCUCUAAAGAUGCAAGUAUCCCAGAAAAGGAGGAUGCAGUUAUUGAGAACAAGGCAGUUUCAUCGGCAGUGUUGGAGACUAUGAUUGGUGAACAUGCUGUUUCUCCUGAUUUAAAGCGCUGUUUGGCUGCAAGAUUACCUGCUUUGUUCGACCAGGGUACUUUUAGUAUUGGAAAUUGAGACCAUUCACUUUCUUUUAUGUGUACUCACGUUUGUUGUAUCAAACCAAAAAUCUCACUCUCUACUCUUGUAUUUCUGUGAUGAGUGAUGUUAAUCAGUAUCUUUAUCAUCAAUAAAAAUAGUAUUUUGUUGUAUAAAAUAUGUUCUAAUUCAUUUCUUAUCAUUGUGAUUAGUACAACUGCAUUAGAGUUGUAAAAAAUAUAGAAUUGUUAGUUUUUUU